AUGCCUUGGAAUCACCCAUGUCAGCAUGUCCCCGUGAAACAACCUACCAACUUUCAUGAGUCGAUGGCCCGGCUUCAACGCACCACCGUGUGCCACGCAAUCAACAAGACGAACAACAAAUCUUCCCGUCUCAUCGUCAAAGAAAAAAGGGGGAACCCCAACGGCUGGAAAAAUGGUAGCUUCAAAGAUCUCACAAGGUUCAACGUCUUCAGCCAAACAAACAACCCGAUUGUUGGGUGGCCUAAAAGAUCGGCUUGGUUAUCGCUCCAGCACCAGCAUCAGCGCCAGCACCGACAGUCCGGGUAUCAGCAACGAUUGGAUGAGGCUGCUAAUGAGCCCAUGCCCUGUUGGACUAAUGAGGGUGCAGGGACGGCGUCUCAUCCUCGAUGCAGGGUAAGGUUUUUCAUCCCUCUGCUAGUCGACCCCGUCAGCGUCUCAGGUAUGGCAUUGCCGGGUAAAGUCCGCGGAUUUGAUAGGAUCAUAGGGAAGCCGUAUAGCGCCAUAAGGAACACCGAGCUGGGUGUCAUCAUUACCCGGGUACAACUUUCUGGAGAAAAGACGCUUAAUCAUGAAUCAUGCUGCUAG